UUCAAACGUGGCCAGGAAAAAAAAAAGGAAAGACCUAUGGCAAGAGGCAGGAGGAAGAUAACAUUAUUAAAUCUUUAAUUUCUCACAGAUUAAGUGAGAAUGUCACUACAGAACAGUGGUCUUCUGUGACACUUGCUGUGUUUAAAAAAGAAGACGACAAUUUUGUGUGAAGUGGUUGAGGGUGAUUUGGCAGCAUGACAGACAAGGAGUCCGCACUGAAGUGUUGCAAACAGCCUCCUGUGAAGCCAUGGCCUCCAGUUGUCCCCUCCUGUUGUUGGUUCUGUGCAGUCUGACUGUGGCUGAAGCCCAGCUAAAGGUGUUUAACAUGCGGGCAAGCAAUCUUCCCUCCACAAUCCUGGGAACCACAGACAGCUAUGUCAAGGGUUUCUGCGGCUCCGCCACUCUGGGUAAAACGUCUGUUCGCAACAACAACCCAAACCCCUGGUGGGAAGAGGUGUUCACCCACUUCAAGGCAGAGGAGAAUAACAUACUGAGGCUUGAGGUUCAUGACAGUGAUUUUAUCUUCGAUGACCUGCUGGGAGUCUGCCAGCGUCAGAUCAAGCUGGGAACCCAUGAGCAUGACUGCUUCCUGGAGAAAGGUGGCACGCUCCAUUAUACCUACACCCUCGGCUGAGACAGUCAUUAGGCAUGUAUAGAUGUAUCUGACGUUAAGUCUUUAAAUGCAGCUUCCAAUUCUCUUAGACUGGCUGCGAGGAACAUUAUCCUCCUAAUAGACUAGCUGUGAGUGCUAAGGUUCUUUGUACCAAAUCUACGAUUCGUCAUUUAGGAUUAGACCAGAAAAAUAGUUACUCAAACUCAAAAUGUAAUCGCUAAACCUUGUUCUGGUGACUUUAUCACACUAA